GUAGGCUGCAGUAGGUAAUGGGAGAUGAAGCUUGCACAGGAUAGAGUAGCAUGGAGAGCUGCAUCAAACCAGUCUCAGGACUGAAGACCACAACAACAACUACUUUCAUUUUGAGUGUAAGCAAUGGAUGAGCUACAAGAUCUACGUACAAAAGAGAUUCCAGUUGCAGACUGCCUUCAGUGAAACCUCAACACAUGUCACACGAUUUAGUUCUGCCAGCAGCUGAGAGGCACCAUUGUGUUCACUGCCCUGCUUCUUGCUCUUGUGGAAAAUGUAAUGCACACAAAGAAGAUUGCUGUUGUGCAUUACCUGGUUGUGUAACACUGAGAAAUGGAACGGAACAAACAGGCUUUAAGCAUCCUCUUCAAGCCUACAGUGAAGAAAAGUGUAUGUAUAACCCACAGGACCCACUAUAUCGUAAUAAGCAUGCCAGGAAAGAGGAACUGUCAGUGAUAGGCUGUAAAGUUCGCGAAGUUUUGCCCAACGCAACAGAUGAGGACUGCAAAACUCGCUUCAUGUCACUGCAGUCGCACUUUUGUGGAGAGCUAAAAAAAAUUAGAGCCAGCGAGGAUAGUGGUGCAGGGGCAGAUCAUAAACUUCAUGAGCCUGCUGUGUGGUGGUUCAAUGCUUUGAAGUUUUUGAAGGACUACGUGACACCAAGGAAAACAGUGACAAAUGUCCCAAGCCGUAUGAUACCACAGCCUCUUUCAUCAAAUCCAUGUAGCACGACCAUUUUCAGUGACUCUUGUAAUACUGAGAUGACCACAGUUACUGAAGAGACCGUAGUAAAUGAGGGAUAUAUUGAAGAUGACAACAGCAAUUACUCCCAAGACAUAUUUACUGUGGAAUUGUCAGAGGGAAGUACGCCUGUAUCAAUACCAUCACCUUACGCUUCAGCCAGAAAGAGGCGUAGUAGGGACACUGAGGAUGAAUUAGCCACCUCAACAUUGUCAGUCUUAAGAGACAUUGAAGUUUCCAUUAAUGGCAGCAAUGAAGAUGACAAGUUUGGGCAGUAUGUUGCUGCUGAAUUGAAGAAAUUGAAAAAUCCAGCAGUUAGGCUGACGUGAAAUUGAAUGUCAUGAAAUGUAUCAUGGAUGGCAUACGUAAAAAAAUCUGUAACUGAUUUUAAAGUUAAGGCAUUGCAUUUCAUUGAUGAGUUAUUUUUAAAUAAAAGAUUGCCUUUUGUACAUUAUUACUGCUAAAAGUUGUACUUCUUAACAGCUUCCCACUGCCAUGAAGCAUAACCUGUUGUACUAAAGAACUCACAAAAUUUUUCGCGCACUUCCCUGGCACACAGUGAUGUGCGAUUUCCACUCUGCUGGGGUAUGCAAGAGAGAGAUUUUUCUCCUCGCCAGGAGCCAUUGUUAUGGUGCACAAGUCUGUGUUUUCUGUAUCAGCAGCUGUCAGAUAUGUGAUAUCUGCCUCUUCAAUCAAGUAGUUGUGCAGUAUGCAUAAAGUCUGAACAAUUAAUUCCACUUUCUCAACGGGUAGUCGAAUUGUACUGAGAAGAACUCUGAAGCGAUUGGCCAGAAUUCCGAAAGUGUUUUCCACUAUUCGCCUUCCUCUUGACAGUCUGUAGUUAAAAAUCUGUUUGGACUUCUGGUUCUGGCAGUCUCUAUAGGGU